CACUAUCAUUUUAAUAAGGCCCUGCUUAGUGCUUAGGAAAGUGCCUGAAAGACUUGUGGAGACAUGUUGAGAUUGCUAACUCGCAAACUAUUCCGUAAAAAUCAUGGCUUGUUAAGCGUUACGACUAGGUUAAGUUCUGUUGCGCUAAAUGUCCAACAAAAUGAUGAAUUUUUAACCGUGCAUUGGAACGAUGGAAAAGUGGACGAAUUUCCUCAUUUUUAUCUUCGAGAGAACUGUAGCUGUCCAAAGUGUUUUCAACCUUUAAAAAAUGCCAGAAAUAUGUUCGCACCGAAAGAAUUAGACUUUAAUAUAACUGCGGAAACAGCGAAUUUAGAUUCCAAUCAUUUAAAUGUUAAAUGGACAGACGGGCACACAAGCAUCUAUUCGCCGGAAAGUUUAAAAUCGUUAAGAUACGAACCAGCAGGUGAUAGUCCUGGCGUACUGACAGAAACUAUGCAACUGUGGAACGACAAAGCAUCAUUUGAUAAUGGUACUCUGCCAGUGUUCGACUUCCAUGAACUACUGGUAGACGACAAAUUACUUUAUAAAUGGCUCGUUGCUCUGGCGUUUGAAACAGGAAUUGCAAAAUUAGAAAAUAUUCCACAGGAAAGACAACAGUUGAGCAGAUUGGGUGAAAGAGCUGGAUAUCUUUUGUCAACAAACUAUGGCAUUUGUUACGACAUUAAAGCAUACAGUCAGGAUGUAGCACGUGACAUUGGUUAUACAACAACAGCUCUACCAUUGCAUUCAGAUUAUGUUUUUACUUCUUCACCACCAGCUAUCGCAAUGUUCCACUGUUUGCUCCAAACGGAAUCAAAAGGUGGUGUUAAUCAGUGGAUUGAUGGUUUUGACGCUGCUCACAGACUCUACGAAGAAGAUCCGGAAUCGUUUCAUAUCCUCACGAAAACAGCGGUUGCUUACCGCAAUAUCACUAGAACAGAAGUUGGGGAAUUCCAUAAUACUUCCAGGCAUAAACUUAUAAGUGUUGACGGUAAUGGUAAGCUGUCUCAAGUCGGUUACAGUGAUGAAUUCCGUGAUCGACACAUGCCUCUUGAACCAAAGAACAUGAGGGCAUUUUACAAGGCUUACAUACGUUUCACCGAACUAUUACUAGACAAUAAAUCUUCAUUUUGGUAUAAGAUGCAAAACGGUGAUGGCAUCAGUAUCAAUAAUCACCGUGUCCUUCAUGCUCGUAAUGGAUACGAAGAUACAGCAAAUAACAACAGGGUAUUUCAACUGGCAUAUAUGGACUGGGAUUGUGUCCACUCCAAGAUCAGAAUAUUAUCAGAACAACAAGGAAUACCAUCUCCUGUUUAACUCCAUAUUGCAAAACCAUUGGAAAUGGCGCGCAUUUGUCAACAGACAAUAAAUUUACUAAUAAAAUAUACACAAUCAUCCUAUAUGCAUUCCUUUUAGGCCACAGUAAAACUACUCAGUAGGUUGAAUCAUUAUAAGUGGCGUAUAAAGUCCACUGACAUUUUUGAAACGAUACUUCGAUAGUUAUUCAAUUUAAUUGUAACAAAGUUAACGCUCAUUGAAAGCUUACCCUUGAUGUUAAGUUUCACAACUGAUAUAGUGGUGUAAUCCAUAUCAGGAAAAUCGGUGCUGGCUCUCUCAUGCUUGUUUAUAUUUCGGUAAGAAAACAUGCAUUCGUCUCAAUAAAUACAACUUCUUUACUUUGAGAACACAGGCGUGUGGUCGGAAAGUUGUCAGCACACGAGUUUUUUAUCUUCUUUUGUGAAAAAACAAUUGAAACAAAAAGUCAAAAACAACCAGAAAAGUGUGCACCAAAUCCACAUGAAGUUUAUAUAACUUUGUCUGACCUUAUUUCUACGUCGAGUCACCACCAAUUAUAAAACAAAGGAUGAGAUUAUUGAUAAAUCUCAAUAUCAUGUACUUAUAUCUACUCUUUAAACCGCAUUGUGCAUAAAUAAAAUGCGACGUAUAUAUAAACUAGAGCUAUAAUAUCCAAUAUAACCAGAGAGCAGCGUGGCAGCGUCUUCAAACAACUUAGCAUCAAAUGUGGUAUAACAACUGCCAAAAAUAGAAAAAACACUUCUCGACGUUUCGACCUGAGGGCCUU